GGCCAAAGAAAAAAGUCAAAAGGGCCAAACAAAAAUGUCAAAACGGCCAAAAGAAAUGGUCAGAACGGCCAAUAGGUACUAUCACGUUAAAUUAAUUCCCAUUAGUAAUAAUUAGUAAUCAAUAGUAGUGGACCAUCUAGGCUUUCCGGGUGAGUGCGUAUCGUCUGAACGAGUUCCUAGUGGCGCUGCUCACCCGGGGGCCACAACGGGUCUGUUCCCCAAUUUACUAAUAUAAUUAAGACCACCAAUUGACCUUGUAUUUGAAAAGACCGAUAGACCGAUCUUUGAUACCGUCAUGAUCAACAUCAAGACUCUCCUGCAUUUCUCGACACUAGUGUAGAUGAAAUACAUUUUUAAAGUAUUAUAUCUAAGGCCGUCUUGACUUUUUUCAAGGGCCGUUAUGACUUUUUAACUUUGGCCGUUUUGACUUUUGUUAAGGGCCGUUUUGACUUUUUUAGGGCCGUUUUGACCAAUUAUUGUUAAGGCCGUUUAGUACUGGAGCCCUUAUGACUACGAUCCUUAGAAAUUGACAGUACUGUACGGAAAUAGCCAAGAGAAAGCGUAGCAAUCUUGUACGUCACAGGGAAACGGUCUACUUUAUUUAGUUGGAUUGGAAUCCAAGUUUUAUAUGAAACAGCAGUGUUUCGAAGCUUGUUAUCAUUAUCAGAAUAUGAAAGGGGCUUCCUUUAUUUGAGUUAUUAUUUAGUAACAUUUAAAAAAGUCAGCAAUGGCAGGAAGAGGAGGUGGGAUACCUUAUGUUCCUGGAACCGAAUCUGACGAGCAACAAAAAAUCAGGUUUCAAGUGGAACUGGAAUUUGUACAGUGCCUUGCUAAUCCAAACUACCUCAAUUUUUUGGCACAACGUAACUAUUUCAAGAUUCCAGCCUUCAUCAAUUACCUCAAAUAUCUUCAGUACUGGAAGGAGCAAAAAUAUGCAAAGUUCCUCAAGUACCCUCAGUGCCUCCAUUUCCUUGAACUCCUGCAGUAUGAACAUUUCCGCAAGGAGUUGGUGAACGCUCAGUGUGCCAAGUUCCUUGAUGACCAGCAGCUCCUCCACUGGCAGCACUACCAGAGGAAACGGAUGGAGCUGCUCCAGACUCAGGCGGAAAUCAACCAGCAAAAACAGGAGAAAAAACAAUCUUAGAUGAAAACAGUGACUUUUGGGUUAAACUGUUGGUAGUCAAAUCUCUGUUAAACAGCAGUCUGUGUUAAGCAUUAUUAGAGGAAACGGUUGGAACUGCUCCAGACUCAGACGGAAAUCAACCAGCAAAAACAGGAGAGAAAAAAAAAUCUUACAUUAAAACAGUGGCUUCUGGGUUAAACUGCUAGUAUAGCCAAACUUCUGAUGUAGUGCAACAAAUAAAAUGUUCACACCUGUGGUUGAUUAAUACAGGUCUACUGAAUUUCUUGGAACCCAAGAUGUUCGAGUCCGAAGGACCUAAAAUUGCCCUUAAACUCUGUGUAAAUGAUUUGGGGGAAUGGUAAGACGUCCUCUUAAAACCGAGUACAGCAAACGACCCGUACUCUCUUUUAUUUUGAUGAUUUGGGAGUUUAUUUAGGUGUCCUCUUAAGACAGGUGACUACUAGAGCAAGUUAAGUGGAUAAGAUGUUGAGAAGUUGACCUCACAACUAACAAAAAAGACAGACAUGAAGUCAAGAACAUGUAAAGGUACUCACUUCAUGUUUAUCAUUUUCAGAUGAAAUGUUAGCAAUUCAGUGACUUCCACAUGUCCAGCAACAAGUAUUGAACAUUUCCAGUCUGGUUUAACCAGUAGUUGUAAUCCAGUAGGAAAACAGUUCCACUGUCAUCAUUGAAAUCUCGAUCCAUUCAUUUAUUACAAAAUGGAGAACUGUUGUCCAAGGACAUCAUUGGUUUAUAAAUUAUCACAAAUUGGAGGUAUAUUAUUUGUGAAAAUCAUUGGUUCUUAUAUUUAUCACAUAUUAUGGACCGGUUAUAAAGUAAAGUUUGUUUUAUUUAACGACGCCACUAAAGCACAUUGAUUUUUAAUCUUAUCAUCGGCUAUUGGACGUCAAACAUAUGGUCAUUCUGACACUGUUUUUAGAGGAAACCCGCUG